AUGCAAGAUAAUACAGCUGCUGUAGAAGAGGAAAACCCCUCAUUUUCGGCCAAGAAAUUGCUGAAUCAUUGGUUGAGAUUCAGUUCAGGUUUACCUGAAACAAACAUAACACUUAAUAGUGAGUUUGAGAGGAUACUGUUGGACUCCUCAUGGCAACGUGCCACGCCUGAAACCUUGGAAAUUGGCAGAGGUGGGGUUGGCCCAUUCGCUGCAUCCCUCAAAGAAAAGAUUAACCGAAUGUUUGGUGGAGAGCAUGUACGUUUCAAGCAUAUAUAUGAAGCCUCAUCUGAUCCUACUUUCUGCAACAGGAACACUUGGAGAGCAAUGAGGGUGAUCCUGAAGAAUGUCAUUGCUGUUGGUAUCGGUGGCAGCUUCUUAGGUCCUCUUCAAACAAAUCCAAAGGCUAUCGAAACAGCAAGGGGAAGGCAACUGCAUUUUCUUGCAAACGUUGAUCCUAUUGAUGUUGCGAGAAAUAUUACAGGGUUAAAUCCAGAAACUACCCUUGGAGUCAGCACUAAUCUUACAGUAUGGAAAUUUCCUUUGUUCUCUUCGCCUCCAAGACUUCCCAAGGGGCUCAGACUGCGGUUGAGUCUUGUCGACUGUAACAAGACUCCUAACACCGCCGAACAAAUCAGAACCAAGCUCCGGCUCGCCGAUCUUCGCCGAUGGACCAAGAUUCCGCUUGCCUCAGUGUGCUACCCGGGAAUAGAGCCCCUCAUCACACAAUCACUUUUUGCAGAGGCGUUGCUUUGCCGUAUGUCCUUGGUAAAGUCAAAAGUAUCAGUUUAUCUUCUUAUCUUAGGGGUCCUCCUCCUACUCCUUCUCCCGCUCUGUCUCCAGAGCCAACAAUUUCUCCAUAUCCUGCUUCUCCAGUUCCCCCCAGCACCAUCCAAGGUACCUCCACAUCCUCGUCCAUGUCCAUACCGCGGUUCUGGAAUUCCUCCAAGCUCCUCACCAACUUCUCAUCUUAACCCUACUGUUCCUCCUAGUUAUGCACCUAAUGGUUCCCCUUACUCGCCUUCUGGGAGUCCUUAUACGAGUCCCUCAUCUCAAUUCCUCCAAGCUGAAUCACUGGUUGAGAUUCAGUUCAGGUUUACCUAA